GUAUAUCCAUGAUUCAUGAAGAUUUGGAUAUUGAAAUCUCCUUGUGGUGUAGGGAGUUUCGGAGUUUCGGCCACAAAUAAAAAAAAUGUUUGAAUGUAGUCUUGGUACUGCUUUCUCAUAAUGCGUUCAUUAAUUUUAUGUCCCAAUUUGAAUUUCCACAGAUUUCCAGUCCUUUCACUGCAAUCCCAGCUCCAAUGUUUGAAAUCUUCGCCGGCGCACCGAACAAUUAAACAAUUAAGGGUUGUUGUAGGUGCCAUGGAAAGCUCCUCUGAAGGGCACGAAAUGAAGUUCCGGACUCUGAUGGAUUACUUGGGCAGAGAUGGAGCUAACGUGCCGGAUGACAUGGCAAUAUUGUUCAGUCACAUGCAGUACGCGUGUAAGCGCGUUGCUGCCCUCGUGGCGUCACCCUGGAAUUCGGCCAUGGGAAAAGGAGAAAGGCCUUCCCUCGCAGCGGGUUCGAACACGGGACGUGAUUCUCCCAAACCACUCGAUAUUGUAUCGAAUGACAUAAUUAAAUAUUCUCUUCAAAGUUCAGGAAAAGUGGCAGUGAUGGCAUCAGAAGAAGAUGAUCUCCCAGUAUGGUUAAUAAAUAAUGGGCCCUAUGUAGUGGUUUUUGACCCGCUUGAUGGGUCUCGCAACAUCGAUGCUUCAAUUCCAACUGGUACUAUAUUUGGAAUAUACCAUCGUUUAGAGUUGGAUGACAACAUGACAGUUGAGGAGAAGGCCUCGAUCAAUGUUCUUCAGAGGGGUGAAAGCCUUGUAGCCGCAGGAUAUGCAUUAUAUUCAUCUGCCACCAUCCUGUGCAUAUCUGUUGGUUCUGGGACACAGGGAUUCACACUAGAUCAUUCUACUGGCGAAUUUGUCCUUACUCAUCCUAAUAUUCUGAUCCCAUCACGGGGUCAAAUUUAUUCUGUGAAUGAUGCAAGAUACUUUGAUUGGCCAGAUGGCUUAAGAAGGUAUAUAGACACUGUUAGACAGGGGAAAGGUGAAAAUCCAAAGAAGUACUCUGCUCGUUAUAUCUGCUCCUUAGUAGCAGAUUUCCACCGAACUCUGCUCUAUGGUGGAAUUGCAAUGAAUCCAAGAGAUCAUCUGAGGCUAGUUUAUGAAGCAAACCCCCUUAGCUUUCUUGUAGAGCAGGCCGGGGGAAAUGGAUCUGAUGGUAAACAGCAAAUCCUUGGGAUUCAACCUGUCAAACUUCAUCAGAGGUUGCCUCUCUUUCUUGGAAGCAGUGCAGAUAUUUCCGAACUGGAGAGCUAUGGUGAUAUCCAACAGCUGGUUAAUCCUGGGUAUACCAUCUAAUGUAAUCUUGCAAAGUGAGCUGUUCUUAUGACAUAAAGUUUACAUCUCAUCUCAAUUGUAUAGCAUUUUGUCAAUCAAGAUUAUUGAAUAUAUUGCUCAUUCAAUGGUAUUUAUUUGAUGCA